AUGAUUACUAUCAUUUAGACUUUUGUUUUUGUUGUUAUUCUUAUUGUUCUAAUUCUUAAAUCCCUUUUUAGUACAAUUUAUCCCAUUCCAAAUACGUUUCAUCUAAAUUAUUUACACAAAUUAAAAAUGCUAUAUCAACAGAGGGUAGUACUACUUUAGGAAAUAGUUUGAAUGAUACCUUAUCCACAAUCACUUUUGGUGAUUACGAUUGUUAUGACGUAGCAAUAGUUAAGACUGAUGACUAUGAAUAUGAUUUCACUUGUACUGUUGAUGGAACAGAAUUUGAGUAUGGAUAAUACUUCCCAGUAUUCCAUCAUGAAGAAUAUGGAAAUGCUGAUGUUGAUCCAAAUGUGCUUCCAUAUUAAGCUCCUUUGAUAAUAACACACAUCACUCCUACAAGUGGAUCAGAAGAUGGUGGCACUGUUGUUACUAUAUUUGGUAAAGGAUUCCCUAAAGAAAUUACAUCAGAAUUAACUGUUAAUCUUGGAGGAAUUUAGACUGUCAUCAAAUCAACCUCAAGUAACUAAGUGGUUAUAAAGACUCCAACAUAUGAUUAAUCAAUGCCUGAUUCAAUAAUUAUUUUGCAUUUUAAGGAUAGGCAAGCUCAAAACCCUGAUUUUACUUAUGAUCAUACAACUCAUAUUUCAAUCACUAGAGUAUAAGAGACAAUAUUAACUCCAAUUUACAAAGGAUUCAACACUAUUAUUUGUACUGGAUUUGGAUCGGUCAUUUCUGAUAUUACAGUUGAAUUAGUAAAUGCAGAGAAAACUUAUGAACGUCCUGUUGUUAAUGGAAAGGAUGAUGAGAUUGUUGUUUAUUUAAGAGGAGGUCUACCAGGAGAAUACAGAUUUAUUGUGAAUAGAGCUGGAGUAGGAGAAGCAACGGCUGCUGGAGAUGCCAAUAAAUUCUAGUACAAUACAGUUAUAACUUGUAUUGAAAAUGCAUCAGGAAGUGAUGCAGGAGUUACUAGAAUCAAGAUUAAUGGAUUUAAUUUUGUUCCUUAAGAAACUAUUGUAUUUAUUGGUGAUGAAAUCUAUUUUGUAUGUGAUUUAGACGAAGAUGCUUUUAGUUCAACAGAAUUAUAUAGUGUGACUCCACCAAAAAAUUAUAGAUACACAUCUCCUCAAUAAGUUAUUGUGACAACAAGAAUUUUAUUUGAUUCUAUUUGCCAAGGAAAUUGUGAGUUCACCUAUGAUUCCACAUAGACCUUAGCCUGUGGUGCACCAUCUGAUUCCACUGCAAGUGAAGGUUCAAGACUAUUAUCUGAAGAUUAAAUUGGAUUACCAGAUUAUUAAAAAUACAUUUUACAAAAAAGAGAACACCCUGAACCAAAAAGAAUAAAGCCUCCUCUGGAAUUAGUCAUUAAUAAAGUUAUGAAAAAAGUUCAAGAAGAGACUUAUCAUUCUGGAAUGAUUACAUCUUUGAUAAGAUAAAAAAUUACACAGUUGAUUAAGUCAAAAACAAUUAAUGCAUUACAACUAGCUCAUAAACAGUAACCAUAGUAUUCAAUGAUAAAUACUCAGUAACAGGAUCCAUUUCAGAGACUGGAUAAUUGAUAUAUACAGUACCUGAUUUACCUUAAGGUGAAUACAAGACAAGAAUCCUUUCAUCUACUGGAUAUGCAACAGGAAUGUGGAUAACUAAUGUUGAAUUGUAAAUUACAGCAAUUUCAACAACUACAAUUGUAGAAGGUGGAUAAGAUAUUGAAAUUGAAGGAAGUGGAUUUGGAGAUGAUAAUGAAAUUGAAGUAUACAUUGGAACAUGGAAGUGCUUAAGAUUGAAGAAGACUGGAUAGAAAACUAAAAUAAUAAUAAUGCUGGAAUUGUAUAUUUUUCUCUUACACUUAUAAUGCAUCAACUGAAACCUUGACUUUCAACAUUUUAGGUACUAAUUUGGGUGCUACAACAUUGAAUAUCCGUUUAGAAAAAGAUGGUCUUGAUGAUAUUGUUGGAACUAUUGUUUCUAAUAAUGCUACAUUAAUUCAAGUUUCCUUCGCUAAUGUUCCUUUAGGAUUAUUUGAUAUUGUUGUUAAAUGUGAUGAUAAAGUUGCAUUAUGGACAACCUGGUAAAACUAGAAGAUUAUUUUUUAAAAUCCAGUUUUGAGUGGACCGUUACCUAAGGCAUCAUGUAAAGGAAGAAAACAUUUAGAAAUUCAUAGUCAUGGUUUCCAUAAGAGUCAUAAUGUUAAAGUUUGUGGAAAGAAAUAUGAUUUGAUAAAUGUUAAUUAUCACAGUAUAUAAUGUAGAGUACCAGAUUCUAACCCAGCAUGGGCUAAAAAAGGAUAAAAGGGUUUGUAAUCCAAAAAUUACAAACUUGAUCAUGAAGAAUUCAGGGUGACUUCUGAUGUUACAGAUAAAAGAGUUGUAAAAAGAUUCUAUGAUGAAUCUGAAACUACUUAUCUUAAAUCUAAUUCAGCUACAAAUUGUUGGGUUUUUAAAUUGAUUUUGGAAAGAACAGAAAAAUGAAAUUAGAACACCUUAGUUUCUUACCUAGAAUUGAUGUUGGAGCUUCUUAUCUGAAAGGAGCUAAAUUCUAAUAUUCUACUGAUGGUGUAACCUUUAAAGAUUAGUUCACUAUUGAUGAUGAUGUUCAUAAAGGAUGGAAUGUUGAAAGACCCACCAAAUGUGAAAAUUCAAAAUAAAAAAAUUCUCAUGGUGGUAGAGAUGAAGAUGAUGAACCUGAAUAUCACAAUAAGAAUAUUGAUUUAGAUGGCAUCAGAGCUAUUAAAUUCAUAGAUCCAAGAGUAGCUAGUGGAUUUAGAUGCUAAAUUGCUGAUAUGGAUUUUAGAGGAUGGCUUGAGAAUGAUUCAGAUAAUGAGACUAGUAGUUCUUGUGAUACUGAAAUAUUUGUUGACGAUGACUCAAUGAGUGUUAUAAAUUCUAGUGUCACUUAUGAUACAUCUGCUACACCUGUUAUUAUUAAUGUCUUACCUAAAGAUAUUCCCCCUCAUACUUAAACUGUCAUUACCAUCACUGGUACAGGCUUCAUCUCAGGAUCAACCUCAGUAUUUAUUGAUUACAUUGAAUGCUAAAUUUAAUCUGUGACUGCUACUUAAAUUAAAUGUUUAAGUGGAUUGAAAGAUAUUACAACUGCUAGUGUGACUAACAAUUUCAAAGUUGUUGUAGAUGGAGAUGAGGCAGUUAAUAAUGCUUAAGUCAUUUAUGGAUAAAGAUGGUCAGAUAUAUAGACUUGGGGAGGAUACGUUUUCCCAUCUGAUGGAGAUUCUGUUAUGGUUUAUCAAGGUGCAACUUUGAUUGUCGAUGUACAUACUCCAAAAUUAGUGCAAGUUUUGGUUGAGGGUAAUUUAGUAUUUGCAGAUGAUGCUGAUACUUUUUUAGAUGCAUAAUAUCUUGUUAUUAAUAGAGGAACUUUCUAAAUUGGUACUUAAGCUGUUCCACAUUAACAUAAUGUUAAAAUUACAAUUAGAGGUGAGGAAAGAGGGAUAUAAUAUCCAAAUAUGGGUAAUAAAAUGAUUGAUUGCAAUCGAUGCAAAAUCGAUAUUCAUGGUAAAGAUAGAACACCAUCAUGGACUUUAUUAUCCUAAACAACCACUAAUAACGGUACUGUAAUUGUAGAUGAACCAGUAAAUUGGUUGGUUGGAGAUGAAAUAAUCAUUACAUCCAGCAAUUAAGCCUAAAGCGAAGUUGAAGUUAAGAAAAUUGUUUCAAUUUCUAGUGAUAAAAGAACUUUGACUUUGAAUGAGACUCUGAAUUAUAUUCAUGAAACAGUCUCAGAACAUUUUGAUGGAGUUGAAUUCUCAAGAAAGGUGGAGGUAGGAUGUUUGACCAGAACUAUAAGAAUCUAAGGUGAUUAAAUGAAUUAUCAUAGAGUUCAUAUUUACAUUUAAGGAACACAAAAUGAAGGCACUGAAGCAAUAAUUGAAAAUGUAGAAAUAGUAAAUGGUGGCCAAAAAAGAUAUUUAAAUAUAUUCCCAAUUAAUUUCAAUAAUAAUGGAGUAGUUUCAAACUCAUAUAUUAGAAGCAAUUCAAUUCACAAUUCAAAUGCUCAUUGCAUAGGAUUGUAAAGUGUAUCACAUUUGGAAGUUACAGAUAACAUUUGCUACAACAUUGUUGGCCAUGCUAUCUACAUUUAAAAUGGUAAUGAAAUGUACAACACUUUUAAACACAAUCUUGUAGCUGUCGUUAAAUCAUCUUGGUAAUUAUAUCAAUCAGAUGCAAGAGCAGCAGCCUUCUGGAUUACAAAUCCUAAGAAUACAUUUUUCAAUAAUAGAUUAGGUGGAGCAGAAUGGUAUGGAUUCUAUUUAGCAUUUAAAUCAAACCCUUCUGGUGUUGCAUCUACAAGUGAUGUUUGUCCAACUGGUGUACCAUUGUUGAACUUUACUAAUAACGCCGCUCAUUCAACAGGAAGAAUUGGAUUAAGAAUUGGAACCUUGAUCCCAAAGGUUGCUCCAUGUAUUUCUCAUAGAAAUGAUGCAUUAGAUAUUUAGUGCUAAUCCAAGUGUCUAAACUAAUUUAUGAGGAUUUAUAACAUGGGCAAAUGCUUAAGUUGGUGUUUUAGCAGAUAAUUUAGGAAAUGUUUUGAUUGAAAACGUAUUGAUUGCAAGUUCAAAAAUUGCUGGUUAUCAACAACAUAAAGCUAAUUUCUCAGCUGAAGGUACCACUAUUAGAAAUUUGUUAUUGUUGGUUCAUAAACUAAUACUGGUUUCAUUGUUCCUAGAACAAAUGGAUUUUUGGCUGACACAGUCAGAUUUGCAAACUUCCCAGGUACAUCAACCUUGAUUGAAUCAUGUUCAGCCUCAAUAAUUAUUUGGUUUGGGUAACAGGAGACUCACUUUAAAGGAAUUAAGAUUAUAAAUUCUGCAAGUGCAAGAAUUAUUUAUUGGAACAAUUUCAGAAGAGAAAUCUUUUGGGAUUUAGAUGGUACUCUAACUAAUAUACCAACUGGAGCUUAAAUUGUUGCAUAUAAAUUGCAUUUGGAUGGUUUGAAUUAAUGUACAUAUUAAAAUACUGUAUAAUGGGAUAAUUCUUUGAUUUGCGAUUCAUAAUAAACAAAAUUAAGAGAUGUUGUAUUCAAUUACCCUACUCCUUAUGAUUCUCAUGUCAAUCAAGCUUUAAGAAUUUAUAGAGUUCCCUCUUUGAAUGAUCAAUUACCGCUUAAAUUAACAAAAUAUUAAUAUGAAUAAUAUAUUGGAAUUUGGAGUGGAGAUUUUGCUUACAGUCAUGCAUCUCAAUUUGAUUUGGGAUAAACAUAUAAUAUAAAUUGGUACAACAAUUGGUUAACUCUAUCGAUCAUGUCAUCUUAAUACAUGAGUUCUCAAGAACCUGGUCUUGUAUUCAGAUUCAACUAUACUGUUUAAAAAGAAACCUUUGAUGUUUAUAGGAACAGAAAUCACAAAUUUCUUUCAAAUUACAGUUAAGUUUCAGAAAUUCCAAAUCCAAAUACUUGUAACAAUAGUGACUGGUUUAAUGAUAGAACUACAUUAUUCUUUUAUAUUUGUAUCUCUGGCAAAUAAAGAAUACAACAAGAUUUAGUUGCACUAUAUGGAAUCUUCUGCAGGGAGACUUGUCCUGCAUAUACUGAGGACGUUUUUGUAAAAAUACAAAAGAAAUGGUCAGACGUUUCAAUUUGGCCAAAUGGUAGAUUACCAAUAGCAGGAGAAAAUGUAACAAUAUCUUAUGAAUUCAUUAUCAUUAUUGACAUAGAAUUGCCAGAAUUUGAUUCAAUUUUAAUUCUAGGAGAAUUAUGGUUUGAUAAUGGAAGAGCAGUUACUACAAUAAAAGCAAGAAAGAUCUUUGUAAGAAAUGGUAAAUUAGUUGCAGGAAGUAUUACUCAAGUAUAUACUGGUAUAAUUAAUAUUAUCCUUACCGAUACUUCAAGUGAUUAUGAACUAUUAAUUGAUAAUAAUAUUGGGGCCGAAAGCAAUGUUUUUAGCUGUUACAGGUGGAAUAGAAUUAUAUGGUAAAGUACCAUCAAGUAAGGUUGCUAGAUUAACAGCAAAUGCAUCAGCUGGAUCUAUUUCAAUUACUGUGACAGACACUACAGAUUGGUAAGUUGGAGAUUGGAUUGUUAUCUUACCCACAGGUGCCAAUCCAGACGAAGCUGAAAAGUUUAAAUUUCUUAAAUUGUUGGAACUACAGUAAUCUUUAGCGUUUCCUUUAAAUACAAUCAUAAUGGAAUAUCAACUACUUGUCGAUACCAGAGCAACAGUUUUACAUUUGACUAUAAAUAUUAGAAUUUCUGGUGCAACUUGGGGAGCUAGCGUCUUAGUUUAUUCAUUUACUGAAAGGACAAGAUUAAGUAGAAGAUAUGUAUAAUUAUAAGGUGUUGAAUUUAUUAAUGUUGGAUAAGUGAAUAAAGAAUUUGCAGGUUUAGAUUUCUAAAGUGCUGUUGAUGGUGAUCCAGCUCCGUCUAGUGAUAUUAUUGGAUGUUCGUUCCAUGAUAGUGAAGGUUACUUAUUUAAAGUAGAGGAUUCAGAAUAAGUUAAUGCCGUCCAUAAUGUAUUUUAAAAUGGAUAAAAAGCCAUGGUUCAAUUCAUUAAUUCCAAAUAUAUUAAAUUCUAAUACAAUACUAUGGUAUUAGUAUAAAAGAGAGUAAUUUCAAUCAAUUCUGCUCUAACAGGCACCUAUAAUUAGGCUGUCUAAGCUUCCUUCAGAUACGCUUCAGGCACCAAGAUAACAAAGAAUUUCAUCCUUGUCUCAAAUAAUGUUGGUAUCGGCUCCGCUGACACAGGAUUCCAUAUUAUGGCUACUCACUGUGAUGAUGAAUCUUAAGCAGGAUUCUUUGCAAACUAAUGUUUCAACACAGUAUAGGCAUGUUUCCAUUUAACCUAAUCUAACACAAAAUGCAAUGUUGUUAAACAACUCUAAGCUUAUAACUCAGGUGUCGGCGUUAUGGCCUCUUUUUAUACUGAAACCUUUUAAUUGAAGGACUUCUAAAUCAUUGAAGCCGAUAGUGGAGUUGUCAUCAAACCAGGAUCUUCCAACAAUUAUGCCAAUGUCAUUUAAGUUUCUAAUGGUUUUAUCGGUACUGUCUUUGAAGGAUUGAGAUGCUCUAAUACUGUUGCUUUCUAAUUAGUUUCUGUCUCCUCAAAUGCCUACACACCUGUUAGUAGAUCAUCUAAUAAUGCAGAUAUUAUUAACAGAAUUCAAAGAAUCGAUACUAGAGUAUAUAUUGAUAAUGUCUAAUUUGAUGGAUACAGAUUGGCUUAUGAUUAACACCUAUAAUGCAGUAAUAAUGCUGUCUUUAGAUAAAAUAUUUAUGCAUUGGAUGUGGUUGGUCAACAUUACUUGACUAAUAAAAUAUGUUAAAAUUGUGAAUUUAAUGCAUUACUGUAUAGUUUGAGAAAUCCAAAUUAUGCUAAAUUAGGAUGGUAUGGAGGUUGUGGUCAAAUGGAAUGCAUUGGUUAAGUUAACUUCUUAAUUGAAGAUUAGACUGGUAGCUUCUUUGGUGAAAAAGGCUAGGCUAUUGGUAAUAAUUUAUAUUUCGGUCCAAGUGCAGCAUAUUGCAGGAUAUAAGAAUAAUGGAAUGGAUAUUGGUGCCCCUUAUUUAACAUUGGAGUCUUGAACUUCCUUAGCACAGAACCAGAUCAAAAUUUAAGACUAUUUUCACCAACUACUUUGAUGGGAUCAGGAUUCAAAAAUAUAUUGAAUGCAUUUGCUGAAUGGAAUUGGAAUGGACCUGAAGCUUAAAACUUGAGAGAAUCCAAAUUUUUGGAUUGA